CAUUGGUUAUUAAUUAGCUAAAUUUGGCUACUAAGUCGACCGUUUACUGUUUAACGAGUUAUUCAUUUAACCGUCAACCAAAUAUGUCCGACUUAUAAUCCUAUGAUCGUGCCUGAGGGGGGGAUCCGAAGGUGGAGGUGGUCCUCUGCCCAGGCGAAGGCAGGUGGUGUGAUGAUAAGCUCCAGCAGUGGUUUGACCCAGUCGUGUGUCGUGCAAUUAAGGCUAUUCCCCUUCCUCGGCAGAAUGUUGAGGAUAGGCUUAUCUGGCAUAUGACUGCUGAUGGAAUCUUUUAGUGAAAUCGGCUUACCAUCUCGCUGUUUUGAUUGAUAAGCAGGAGGGGCGGUGGAGGUCCGAUGUUAGCUGGAUGGAUAAGACGAGUUGGGUCCGCUUGUGGAAUGCCCCGAUUCCCCCUAAGUUGAAAGUUUUCAUUUGGCAAGUGUUCUGUCGUAUCCUUCCGACUACUGAAGCGUUGAUUGAGAAAGGGGCUGAGGUCCAGCCUCGGUGUCCGGUCUGCUGGGCGGCAAAGGAGACGUUGGAACAUCUUUUCUUUGAUUGUCGGGUUGCCCAGACUCUUUGGGGUCAGGCUGGGUUGGAAUAUUUAGGGAUAGGGCUGUCAAGACACACCUUCCCCAUGUUCCUGAAGCAAUUGCUGUCCAGGAUUAACCAGCCCCUGGUGUUUAUGGCUGUGGCUGCCCUCCUUUGGCGUAUUUGGCGUUCACGUAAUUGGGUAGUUUUUGAAGGGAAACAGUUUGGGUUACCGGUUCUUCUGCGACAGUACCAUCAACAGGUCCAAGAGUGGAUAAGACUCCCGCUGGACCCAGAGCUUGGCUUGCAUUUUCCAAUUCCGCCUCCGGGGCAGACUGCUAUGAUGUCAUCGGUGACCUGUAUGUGGGAUGGUGCGACCAAGUCUGGUUCACAUGCGGCGGGAGGGAUUGUGCUUAAUGAUCUUGAAGUGACGUGGUGCCUGGAAUUGGGCUUUCAGGAGGUUUGUUUCCAGGGAGACGCCCAGAUUAUCAUCGAUAAGGUGGCUGCUAGGGAUGUGCAUGAUGUGCAAAUUGGGGCAGUGUUGGAAGAGAUCGUCGGAAUGUUCACAAAUCAUAGUGCGCUUCAAGUUCGUUUUGUAGGUCGGAGUAACAAUAGG